GAUAAAGAGAAAAACCCUCUGAGAGACACGUCGAGAGGAGAGCAGCAGAGAGAAGAGAAAACAUGAGAUCAUCCAACAUUCCUCUGACUUUGGCCUUUCUCUUCGUCUUCAGCGUUCAGUUCAUGGAGACUUUACCGCUACACCACACAGAGGCCUUAACAAGCCCGGACGUGGAUGUCUUGAUGCUUCUUCUACAGCGUCUUGAAGAAUCUCGUCCCGCUUCAGCACGGGACCAGGAGCAGGUCAACGUUGAUCAAACGCUCCUUCAACCCGAAACGCAGAGGGAUGUGAGAGAGUAUCUGUCUGCUCGGGACCUGAAGACCGUCCGGCAGGACUCCAAGAGAUAUUCCGGAUGUUUUGGCAGUCGACUGGACAGAAUCGGCUCCAUGUCGUCUCUGGGAUGUAACACAGCCAGAAGGACCAACAGGUCCUGAGAGAAAGUGAUGUCUUAACCUCCACUGUCCAGAAUCCAGCCAUUGUUCUUCACAUAUUUAUUGAGAUAUUUAUUCAACUGUCAAGUUAUAUAUUUAUAUGCAUCUUUCCUUUCAUUUUCAUUCUUUAGUUUAAUAAAUGAUAUGCUGACAUGC